GGCAUGUGUGUGCUGCAGCGCAAAUUUGGAGAUGACUCCGUACAUUAUAAUGAAAUAGCCAGCGAGACCCAAAGGCCUUUCUUUGUCUAAAAGAGUCGAAGGAUGAAAUUGGUGUUCGCAGCAAUUUUUCUUCUUUCUACGUGCUGCAUGCGGGGCAAUUCUGGAGGAUGGGGAUGCCCUGAUUACCCCACCAUUUGUGAUUUCCUUUGCAAAGUAAGACUAUUUGCAUUUGGCUACUGCGAUAACCAGGAAGAACGCGACGGUUGCCAUUGUGUUAAUGCAUCAACAUAUGAAAUUGAAGACGGCGGGCUUUCGCAGAAGUAUUUGAACGAUUCUGGAAGAUAUGUGAAAGUCUUAGAAGGUCACGGAUGCCCGAAGAUUUUCGACUGUGCUAUUGUUUGCCUUUUAAACGGUGGGGAGUUCGCUAUAUGCAGUAAAAACCUUCCAUAUCACUGUUAUUGUUACCUGAAACUCGGAUCAGCUGCCCCGCCUACAGCGACGUCUACAACCACUGCACGACCUUCGACAGUUCAGCCUUCGGUCUAUGUUCGAAAUCGGGUGUGUCCCAAGGGCGGACCUAUAUGCGAACUAUAUUGCCAGCUUGAAGGAAGCCCCUUUGGUUACUGCCUUCCUGGAGAAAGUUACUGCCACUGCGUUAGCCCGGAAUUGCGAGUUGUUCCUGGUGCUGAUACAUCGUACAAGUACUACUAUGACAAUGGAAGCUACGUUAAAGAAUUGAAAGACACACACGGCUGCCCAAGGUUGCACGACUGUGCAGUUGCUUGUCUCACAUCACACAGGGCCGAUCAUGCAGUUUGUGGCCGAAACCCACCACAUCGGUGUUACUGCUACAUAAGUCGACAUAAAUGACUCGCUGGAGUUUCAAGACGGAUCGCUGGCAGGCGACGGCCUGUUUCCGCGCUACCUGCGGAGGUUCAGGAUUGGAGAAAGCAGUGUUGUAUUUGUGGGAACGAUGCAAACUCGUAUGAUCAUCAUUUAGAAAAUUGCGUAAUAACUAGAAUGUGCCGAGACUAAUUAAAAGUUACAUUCUGGCAUAUGUACAGUAGGAAAACAACUGAACUCAUAAAGGACAAACAGGCACUUUGUAAUUUGGAGGAGAUGGUAGAUUACGUAAUAAAAAUAUUUAGUAAAAAAUACAAAAUUGUAUAGAUAUAAAGCAAAGGGAAAAAGAAAGUAAAGAUAAAAGUUACUUUGACUCUGUUUUGCACAAAUAAAGGGGGCAAAAAUCUCAGCAUAUAUCAAUGAAGAGCAACGAUUGAGAAAAUCAGACAGCCGAUAAAUCAUUACGGCUCAUUACAUCUAUUUCAGUUUUGGACAAUGGCUUAAGAUAUACGGCAUUCAUCGUGAAAUAUUAAUAUAUCAUUCUCGCGAAAGACUGACGACUAAAAUUUGUAUAAUCUCUUUCAUCAGCCCUUAUUAGGCAGUACAAUGGGUAAAUAUCAGAGAUGACGCUAUGAUGGCCACGGCUACCACCGAAGUCAGAACAGGAGUAUUAUCUGUGAAUUCUCUGGCAGAUUCAGCAUGAUAGCUAUGGGUAUCACCGAAGACAGAGCAGUACUACCGUGUAUGAAUUCUUUGACAGAUUUUGUAUGGCAACUAAGGCUGCCACUGAAGUCAAAUUAUAAUUCGUAUUAUCAUUAUACAUUAAUCUGCGGUAAGACGGCUGGACCAUCACCGUAAAAAUGAACACGAAAAUCAAAUUAAAACUGCCUAUUCCAUUCGAUCUUCAAGUAUGAAAAAAAAAAGUGUUACCCCAAUAUCUUACAACGCAGUGAAUCUUCAAACAUGCAUUAAAAAUAUAUUCUAAGACAAUCUAAAAAAUUCUAUCAUCUCCAAUCGAUGUACUUCUUUAUAAAUUAAAACGCAUAUCUGUAUCAAGCGUGGAAGCCAUUUAAACCUCAUACUUGAAUAAAAUGAUGAAAAUACCAAGGCAAGAAAGAGAAAAACAAAUUAUAUCAAUGUUUUAAAGAAAAAAAAAACAACAGAGGAAAGAAACAAGAAACAAAGAAAGAGAAAACAAUGUAUAAAGAUGAAACAGCACCAUUAACAAAAUGCAAUAUAGAUGCUAUGCUAAACCUGCAAGAAAAAAAAAAAGAAAAGAAAGAAGAGAACAGAAAAAAGAAAAUACAAACUAGAACAAAAGAAUGAAAUCU